CAGGAAUUGAAUCUCUUAAAAAUCGGUGCCUAACCAGAUAUUAUAUAUUUAAAUACCCAUUUCUUCGUUGAUAAUUCAUUGCAAAGGCUCCGGCUCUCAACUGAUCAAGUUCUGUCAACAUACGAAAAGUCUUUUCUGGAUAAACGUCGCUAGGCAGCACGAUGUUGUCGAUCUUACGCAAAGCACGGUUAAAGGACAAGGAAAUGCGAAUUCUGAUGCUAGGGCUUGAUAAUGCCGGCAAGACAACGAUCGUCAAGAAAAUUAUGGGUGAAGAUGUGAACACGGUGAGCCCGACGCUCGGGUUCAUCAUCAAGACGAUAGACUACCAAGGGUAUAAACUGAAUAUUUGGGAUGUGGGUGGCCAGAAGACGCUGCGAUCAUAUUGGCGGAAUUACUUCGAAAAAACAGAUGCCCUGAUAUGGGUCGUUGACACAACAGAUCGGCUGCGAAUAAAUGACUGUAGAGAGGAACUCCAUGGACUGUUAGAAGAAGAGCGUCUGGCGGGAGCUUGCUUGUUGAUAUUUGCAAACAAGACCGACGUGGAAGGGUGCAUGACCCAAGAGGAAAUCGUCACGAUGCUGCGGCUGCACGAUAUUCGUACACACCAGUGGCAUGUGUUACAGUGUAGUGCUAUGACGGGCAAGAAUCUAGAGGAGGGGUUGUCUUGGGUGGUGGAGGAUGCUAAGAAGCGGCUUUUCUUGUAUUAGAACCUUACAAAGCAGUGUUUUCUUCACUAUGAAAGUAAUAUCGCAUGUUAUGUACGGAACUGAGCAUCAUUGUAUUGGC